UCCCAAAUCCCAGCCGUCGACUUCGCCUUGGUCCAUCGUCUGCUGCCGACGUUAACUCGAACCCCCACUCUUUCCUUAAAGCUUAGGCUCCGCCGCCGCCGCCGCCGCCGUCGUUCCAGUUCCGUCCUCCUCCCCGCUGCCCUUGACUCCUCUAUUACAGAAAUUACUCACCUGCAACACCCCAAUUCCCUCUAAAACCCGUUCCCAUUCAUCGCGAGGCUACGACGUCAACUUGGGAAGCACCGGGACCCCUACAAGAGCAAGCUGUGGACUCACAACGCCGCCUCUCUCAAUUUAGGAACCUUUUUCUUGAUUUUGCAGGGCUGCUCUGCACAUGAUGGAGUAGGAUAAGAUUGUCGGGGAAGAGGUGUGGUUUCCCGCCUUCACACAUUGCUACAGGACUCGCACAGUGCGGGACCUGUUCGCAACCAUAAAGAAACACAGCGUGAUUCUCUUUUCGGGCAGUAUUCCUUCAUUUUGAAGUUGGUAUCGACUAUCUUCGGUUAUCCUUCGACUAUUCAUUUCUGGCUAACGUCGAUAGAUUCAGCAGACAUUGAGCAGGUCUUGGUGCCGCCAAAAGCUUUCAUUGUAGAAACAAAUAAAGUAGAGCAAUGGCUGGAAAACCAAGCUCGGGGCCAACCACAUACUCUCCUUUGCUGACUGGUCAGAAGGUGAAGAGACCUAUUCUGACAGAUUCUGAUUGGGUCCGACCAGAUGGCCGCAACCACCACCAAUGCCGUCCUGCGUUUGUAAGGACAGGAGCAGUGACUUCUGCCUCAGGUUCUGCUUAUGCUGAGUUUGGAAAUACUAAGGUCAUUGUGUCUGUGUUUGGACCCCGAGAAAGUAAGAAAGCGGUGAUGUAUAGUGACAAAGGGCGAUUGAAUUGUAAUGUCAGCUAUACAAAUUUCGGUACCCCUUCCCGCGCUCAGAGUCCAGACACUAAGGAUCUUUCCUCUAUGCUCCAUAAAGCGCUUGAGGGUGCUAUUAUACUGGAAUCAUUUCCCAAAACAACCGUAGAUGUCUUUGCUUUGGUGUUGGAAUCGGGAGGAAGCGAUCUUCCAGUAGUUACAACAUGUGCCAGUCUUGCUCUAGCCGAUGCAGGCAUCAUGAUGUACGACAUUGUUGCCUCAGUUUCAGUGUCGUGUCUCAGGAAGAGUCUUCUCAUUGAUCCACUGUCCGAAGAAGAAAGCUGCCAAGACGGUAGCCUGAUGAUUACGAGCAUGCCCUCGCGUAAUGAGGUUACGCAAAUGACAAUCACAGGUGAAUGGUCGACACCAAAGAUACAUGAGGCUAUGCAGUUAUGCCUCGACGCUUGUUCGAAGCUGGAGAAGAUCAUGAGAUCUUGUCUUAAAGAAGCUGCUUCAGGAUACGCAACAACGAGAGCCAGGUUCAUGAUAGUCGAGUGGCGGAGACAAUCAUUGAUGUGGUUCCGGAUCAUCAUCAUCGUACUAUUGACUUGUCGAAAAGGUUGGAAUCGUUUUGGGACAAUCAAAUAUUAGUUUUGGAUAAAUAUGUUUCAAAAGAUUCGGAAUCGGAAGAUGGUCAUUGCAUCAUAUGCCUUGAUGAGUACGAGGAUAGCGAACCUUUAGCAGCGAUUAAGGAAUGCGGGCAUAGAUAUCAUAUUGUUUGCGUCGAGACAUGGCUAGUCGUGAAAUGUACCUGUCCGCUUUGUAGAACUCGUGUUGUUUAAUGU